AUGGGGAUAGACAAUUGGUCUUUGAUAGGAAGGCUAAAAAGGGCAGUAAAAAAGAUUACUUGUUUGCUGAAUUUUGAUGUCAACAAAUGGAAAGUAGCAUCAUAUAUGAUUGGAUCAUCAUCAUCAAGAAGAUUACAUCAGUUGAGUUUCAAUGAAAGGAAGUUGCAAAAACAACCAACUGGAUUGAAUGUAAUAUGUUUUGAGAAUGAUCAAGAUUUGGUCAAUAACGCAAAUGAUUAUUCAUCAAGUUCUAGUAACUCAUUUAAAGGACUUCAAAGAACUAUGAGUUAUCCAUCAUCAGAAGAUGAUAUUGAUAAAAGAGCAGAAAUGUUUAUAGCUAAUUUCUAUAAUCAGCUUAAACUUGAAAGGCAAAUUUCAUUGGAGCUUCGUUAUUACAGAGGGAAUAGUUUUGGAUCUUCAACAUCUCCAUGA